CCCCAACCAGCCGCUCUUGCCAUCACACGUACACACACCCAUCGAAGUACCACACGAGAGCAAGCGCUGAGCUAAACAUCCAUGGCCGCCACCGCCGUCGCGGCGUCUCUAUCCGUGGCCCGGGGGCUCGGGAAGCCCCUUUGCGUCGGCAACGCGUCGUCGCUGCGCGCCUGCGCCUCGCCGGGGGAGGCGAUGAGGCCGGCCAGGAUGACCGUCGUGCGGGCUUCGGCGCACAAGCAGCAUCCCGCGAAGGAGUGGGCGGCCGCGGCAGCCGUUGCAGCGGCGCUGGUGCUGCCGGAGGUCGCGGAGGCCGCGCCGGGGCUGUCGCCGUCGCUCAAGAACUUCCUCCUCAGCAUCGUCUCCGGCGGGGUCGUGCUCAUCGCCAUCGUCGGCGCCGUCGUCGCCGUCUCCAACUUCGACCCCGUCAAGCGGGGCUGAAUUCCUACGCGUCGCGCGCCAGCUGCUCCAUGACCGUGAUCGGCUUGUGCUGUGUGUAGCUAUGCACUGAGAGCGGUCGAUAUCCUAUCUCCUUAUGCUUCCGAAUGAACAGUUCUUUUAAUGCGUGGA